GCGGAUACAACGGGCGAUGGGACGAGAGGGCAUCCUGGCGUAUCAUAAGAAACAGAAGCAGCUGAACCGGGUGCUCGUGAAUGCCUCGACCUUUCUGCCACGAAGGCCACUGAUCCGGCUAUUGCCGGAGUUCUUCGCGGCUCUGACCAGUAGCCCCAUCCAACGGCAGAGAGCCGGCCCUAGCGAUGAAGAGGUCAGCGCCGGACUGGCCUCUUUGCCGCACGAUGCACUGCAGCAUCUUCUGCGCGGCUGGAUGCCGGAGCUUCGCGGCAAGGCAGACGCUUGGCGAUGCGGCUCGCCGAAGCGCCAGAAUGUUUCGGCGACUAUCGGCCGACCGACAGAAGGCGGUCCUGGCGAUGUCGCCGAUAUACGUGGUCAAG